GCUUCUAGUGCCACGAAGGCCUCCUGCCUGGGUUGUCCUUGUGGCGCCUGUUAGUUUAGUCCUAGAAAAGGUAUUUGUAUUUUAACUUUUUCAUCUAAGAAAUAAUAGCGCAGGCCUCUUAGUCUGGACAACAAUGUUCAAGCUGAUUUCCUGACCAGUGCCUUCAUUGUCAAACCCUGACGCAGUAGUAGGCGGGAGUCAGGCGGUGUCGGGACAGCCCCGAGUUGCCGAAAGUCCCCGGCCCGCUUUCUCCCGUGAAGACAUAGUUGCGGGUGGCUGUGCUGGUGGCGUUCAAGAUGUCGACCAAGAAUUUCCGAGUCAGUGACGGGGACUGGAUUUGCCCUGACAAAAAAUGUGGAAAUGUAAACUUUGCUAGAAGAACCAGUUGUAAUCGAUGUGGUCGCGAGAAGACAACUGAGGCCAAGAUGAUGAAAGCUGGGGGCACUGAAAUAGGAAAGACACUUGCAGAAAAGAGCCGAGGCCUAUUUAGUGCCAAUGACUGGCAGUGUAAAACUUGCAGCAAUGUGAAUUGGGCCAGAAGAUCAGAGUGUAAUAUGUGUAAUACUCCAAAGUAUGCUAAAUUAGAAGAAAGAACAGGAUAUGGUGGUGGUUUUAAUGAAAGAGAAAAUGUUGAAUAUAUAGAAAGAGAAGAAUCUGAUGGUGAAUAUGAUGAGUUUGGACGCAAAAAGAAAAAAUACAGAGGGAAAGCAGUUGGUCCUGCAUCUAUAUUAAAGGAAGUUGAAGAUAAAGAAUCAGAGGGAGAAGAAGAGGAUGAGGAUGAAGAUCUUUCUAAAUAUAAAUUAGAUGAGGAUGAGGAUGAAGAUGAUGCUGAUCUCUCAAAAUAUAAUCUUGAUGCCAGUGAAGAAGAAGAUAGUAAUAAAAAGAAAUCUAAUAGACGAAGUCGCUCAAAGUCUCGGUCUUCACAUUCACGAUCUUCAUCACGCUCAUCCUCCCCCUCAAGUUCAAGGUCUAGGUCCAGGUCCCGUUCAAGAAGUUCUUCCAGUUCGCAGUCAAGAUCUCGUUCCAGUUCCAGAGAACGUUCGAGAUCUCGUGGGUCGAAAUCAAGAUCCAGCUCCAGGUCCCACAGGGGCUCUUCUUCCCCACGAAAAAGAUCUUAUUCAAGUUCAUCAUCUUCUCCUGAGAGGAACAGAAAGAGAAGUCGUUCUAGAUCUUCUUCAUCUGGUGAUCGCAAAAAAAGACGAACAAGAUCACGGUCACCCGAAAGCCAGGUGAUUGGUGAAAACACUAAACAACCCUGAGCCCAGGGCCAACCCCUACGGAACACCACUACUUUACCCAGAUGCCACAGGUCAUCUUCUGGAUCAUCCCAUUCUGGUUCCCGUUCAAGUUCAAAAAAGAAAUAAUGCAUUAAAAUUUACAUCUUAAAAAAAUCCAGUACAGUGCAUGAAGCAUAUUUUUAAAGAAGUUGGUGUUUUACUUGGUCAGAAGUGCUAAAUCUGCUAGUAGAGGUGCAUGCCUUUCAUUGCUUUUCAAAACAAUGCAGCUGUGUUUAUUUGUGAAGUUAAAAGUAAAUAGCAUUUUAAGCCAUAAUGUCCCAAAUUAGAUGCUCUGUCAUUCAUUAUUUACAACCAUUUGCUCCAUUUAAAACCAUUUCAGCUAUAACAAAGUACUUUGCUUCCUAAUUUAAACCCAUUUUUCUCAUUUUCAAAUACAUCCUGUCCAUUGGCUAAGACAGGAUUACCUAGGCUUGCCUGAACUUUGGGCAUGGAGGCAAGACUGGAAACUAGUUGGAAACAGCGUAUUUAUGGAAAAGAAGUCAAACUGUGCUGUUAACGGAUGUCAAAGUGAUUCUCACCAAAAAAAGUUAAACUAUGUUAUAAAGCAGCCAACUGUAAAUGUCUAUUUUGAAAUUCCCUAUGCUAAGGGUGCCUUAGAAUCAUUGUCUCUCUUUUAUCCAGCUUUACUUUUUUGCUCCACCACAUUUAAUGCAAAAGUAUCUUGUGACGCCUAGAAGGAGAGAAGUGGUAUUUAUUUUCCUUUCUGACACAUAAUUUGGGGCAAAAAAGAAAGUUCAACAGUUUAUCACUUCUCUGCUGAUAUGGUUGCUUGAUAAAGACAUCUCAGAAUGUUUACCAUAUUUUAAGAAGCUUUGUGUGAUAGUCUUUAAAAUCUAAUUAUCAAAUAUAAUGUGGUAGAAAAGGCUGAAUCAUAGUUAAUGAGCAAAUUGAAGUAAGCUUUUUAAGUGUAUUUCUCUUUUGGUGAAAGGCCAAUGGAGACAUUGUGAAUUUAAAUGAAUAUUUGCCUCAAAAUGUUAACUAUAAACACACUGCAUAUAAUUUUCUUCUGAAUAACAAAUUAAUGCUUAUCUCUGCAUGAUGUAAGCAAAAAUCAUUAUUUUUCCUAUUCAUUUGAAAUAAGUUAUGGCUUAAAAUGCUUUCGGAGUUUAUUUCUCAAAAUCUGGUCACAUGAGCUUCAAUUUGUUUUCUGGUUUAAAAAAUAAAAAGGUUUCUCUUAACAGUGUUUCCAGUGACAAUGCAAGGUAAGUAUAUCAAGGAAAAUCAACACUUGUGCUUGGGGGCUUUUUGUUAUGGGGUAUUGAUUUCUGUUUCUUGUUUUUUUUUCCCCCAUAACAUUGUCGGCUGAAAUUUAAAUAAAAAUUAUGACAUUUUAAGAUAUUUCAUAGACAGACCAAACAAAAAUGUUUUUUAUUUUAAAGUGAAUGUUUUUCUCUUCAGCUAAUCUAACAAUGAAAGCAAAAUAUCUUAUGUAGAAAUAUUUUGAUAAUAUUUUUACAGUGAGCUUUCCCGUGUUUUUAUGUCUUAAUUUUCUUUGCUGCAUUUAUGUAGGUUGCACAAGAACUUUUACUCUCUUGUAUUUGUGCCUCAGACUUUUUGAAAGUCUACCUUCUAAAUUGCCCAGAUGAUCUAGAUUCUACAUGUUACCGUUGGUUUAUUCUUGUGCUUUCUGUAUUUAAAACUUUGGCUGUACUAAGCAAAUGCAAGGUUAUAAUUUAGCUAAUAGUAGUUUAUAGACAAUUCUGAUGAUUAUGAUUUCAUUUGGUUUGACUAAGCUGUACUAGUUCAUUUCAUAAGGAAACGAUACUGUAGACAAAUGUAAAUAAAGCCUGUGAGUCAAGCAUCAAGUGGUGUUUUUUAGAAAUAAACUAGAGAUUUUUAAGCUGUGA